AUGGAGCACUCAAAACCAGUUCCUACUCCGAUCGUAGAGAAGUUCAAGUUGCUGAGAGAAGAUAAAGGAAGAGCAGUAAAUCCUACAUAUUACAAAAGCUUGAUUGGAAGUCUGAGGUACUUAACUACAAUCAGACCAUAUAUUGUGUUUGGAGUUAGUUUGCUUAGCAGAUUUAUGGAGGAGCCUUAUACCAACCAUUUGCAAACUGCAAAACAGAUUCUUCGAUAUAACAAAGGUACUUUAAAUGAUGGUAUUUAUUAUGAAAAUACUAAUGAAGUGAAUCUUAUCGGUUACACUGAUAAUGAUUGGGCUGGAGAUAAAACAAGAAAAAGUACUUCGGAAUUUGCAUUUCAUCUUGGUUCUGGUGCAAUUUCAUGGUCAUCAAAGAAACAACCACUAGUAACACUCUCUACAACAUAA